AAGCCAAUCGAUGAUGAGUUUAGUCUUUUGUGUUUGUUGGAGGAUUAUAUAUUCAGCCCCUUUAAAUUAUAGCGAGAGAUAGAUCAGACCUCCAUAAACACAGAACCAGUUCUUUGCAUCUCCCAUAUUGGAAUAUAUUGACCGUCUCGGGUUUCAUAUAGUCCGUGAAGAGAGAAAGAGAGAGAGAAUGGCAUUAGAAUCUGUGGUGUUCCAGUCAGACCCAUCUAGCUAUGGAAAUUUUCUAGGAGGAAGUAGAUCUUGGGACCAUGGCUUUGGUUUCGGAGGAGAUGAUGAUCAUCAUCAAGAAGAAGGCUACGCUCAACAUGAUAUGGUCAGCAAUGGUAAUACUGUAGGGCAAGGCCUUAUGGGGUACUGUACACCGUCUCCGGUGGUGAAGCAAAGUGUCUACAACGACAAUUCUAAUUCCAAUUCCAAGCCGGAAACCUGCACCGACAACUUCAACUCCCACAAUUCUUUCUCUAGCCCUAUCGCCGUCGCAGGCCGGAGAAAGAGGCGGCGCACGAGAAAUAUCAAGAACAAGGAAGAGGUGGAGAGUCAGAGGAUCACCCACAUUGCUGUUGAACGCAAUCGGAGGAAGCUCAUGAAUGACUAUCUGUCCGUACUGCGUUCUAUGAUGCCUGCUUCCUAUUCCCAAAGGGGUGACCAAGCAUCAAUCAUAGGAGGAGCCAUAAAUUUUGUGAAGGAGCUUGAGCAACUUUUGCAAUCUUUAGAAGCCAGCAGAAGAACCAACCAACAAUCAGAUUUGGAUUUGGCUUCCAUAUUCUCCAGCUUUUUCACCUUCCCUCAGUACUCGACUUGUUCGAAUAAGAACACCCAUGGCCAUGGCCAUAGCGAGUACAUGAACAACAACUUGGUGCAUCCCCACGAGAUAACGGGGGAUAAGCAGUCGGGGGCAAUUGCAGAUGUGGAAGUAACAAUGGUAGAAAGCCAUGCGAACAUCAAAGUGCUUUUGAAAAGACACCCAAGACAGCUUUUAAAGAUGGUGCUUGGGUUGCACUCUCUGCGUCUUGUGAUCCUUCACCUUAACGUUACAAGCAUGGAUAGCAUGAUCCUCUACUCUUUCAGCGUCAAGGUUGAAGAUAAUUCUCAGCUGACCUCAAUGAAUGAGAUUGCAGCUGAUGUGUAUGAAAUGGUGGGAAGGAUUCAAGAAGAGGCCGAGUUCUUACCUCAAUAACCCUUAUCUGUUUGUUCAAUUAGUAUUGUUCGCACUAUGAUAUAUGCAUUUACGCUUUUAUGUAACUCGUUAUAAAUUAGAACACCUUAGGUUAUAUAUGUUUAUUAUAUUUUCCAAGUAUUAAUUGCUUGCGAACUAUGAAUUGGAAUUUAAAUUGUAAUGAUUAGUCGUUUCCU